AGAAUUAGAUACAUCAUAUAGCAUUGCACGAAAAUUAUUGGCAAUUCCUUCCGCGUCACAAAGCCGGUAUAUGAGAACACAACUGAUGCUGGUUAUAUCUCAGGGGAAACCGGAGAACUGAGAGUUCAGAAGCAUCAAGGAAGGUGAUCAGCUAACAAGGCAAGUAGCACUGAGAAAUAGUUGUGAAGCAUACAAACCAAUACAAAACCUUCGUAUAUAGUGAUUAGAGCAAACGAACGUUUUUUGUGCCUGAUUUUUGGAGCAAAAAUCAGAGACAACAAACUCAAGGGCACAAGCAUCUUUGAAUCGGGCGUACCUUGUGCCGACAUAGCGUGGUGAGACAACGCGGUAAAUUCUCACGAUGGCGGCAGUCACAGAUUACCAGACAGAGACGGAAAAAUCUGAAAACGGGACCGAUCAAAGUGAAAAGAGUAUGCAACAAAAUGAUACUCAGCAGGCUAAUACAACUAUCUCAAAUCAAAAAUCAUCGCAACAGCCAUCGCAACCGACUGCUGGGAUUCCUGGUAAGGAUGACGAACGAAAGCUGUUUAUAGGCGGUUUGUCUCGUAACACUACCGACAAAGAGCUGCGUGAUCAUUUCGGAAAAUUUGGCGAAAUUGAGAGUAUUUCUGUGAAAGUUGAUCCCCACACUGGUAUUUCACGUGGUUUUGCUUUCAUGGUUUUCACCAAUCCGAAGACUAUUGACAAGUUACUUGCAUCCGGUGAACAUUAUAUCAACAAGCGGAAGGUAGACCCAAAGCGAGUUAGCAAAAAACCACAGCAUGGGAAAAUCUUCGUAGGUGGUCUUACACCAGAAAUUACUGACGAAGAUAUCAAAACGUAUUUUGGACAAUACGGUACCAUAGUCGAACUGCAAGCACCAUUUGACAAAGUCAAAAAUCAACGCAAAGGGUUUUGCUUUAUCACCUUUGAUUCAAAAGAAGUAGUAUAUAAAUUAUUGAAGACACCUAAGCAGACGAUAAAUGGUAAGGAAGUGGAUGUGAAGAAGGUGAAAGUCAAUCCAGAUCCAAGGAAUCAAGGUUUCUGGGCACCUGGUUAUGGAUAUGGUUAUGGCGGAGGUUACGGCUAUAUUCCGGAUUAUAAUGGUUAUCAUGGUGGCUAUGAUGACAUGUAUGCGAACUAUGAUUAUGCUGGUUAUGAUGGUUAUGAAAAUAUGGGAUAUGGACCAAAACCAAGAGGAAAUGGUCCAGGACCACGUCAGUUUCAGAGACAUCAGCCAUAUUAAUUAUAUUCAUCUUUGUCACCAUGAUUAUAUGAAGGAAAAAUGCAAAAAAAAAAAAAAAAAAUGG